UAAUGAAGCUACGCCGGCGAACUCACAGUUACUCUGGCUAAUCUUAAUACAAGGAUGUAGUUAGAGACAUUACCGUCCUCCAUGAGCGUUUAUCUCCGUAGUUUGCGUAAAAUCGACUACAACCACCUGCUUUCCGGCGCUACAGGAGUGGAUCAAGCGGUUGGCAUGAGUCUUGUUGUGUUCAGCCUCCUGCUGUUUACAUACUACUCCGUAUGGGUCAUCAUCCUGCCUUUUGUGGACAGUCAUCAUGUACUGCACAAAUAUUUUCUUCCUCGGGAGUACUCCGUCAUUCUGCCUGGCAUUGCAGCAGUAAUACUGCUCCUCUGUGUAGGGGCCUUCACUGCAGUUAUCAUGUGGAAGAAUCGCAAGCCAAAGAAAGUGGACUAAUCUCAGGACGUAUCUCAGAGUGACUGCAGAGGACCGAAGUAUGUGAACAUAACAUGGACGCUGAACCCUCUUGUGUGACCCUGCGAACAAAAUCAAAUCUGCUGAAUCGUUGACUUUUACAUUUACAAAGUUAGAGUGCAAAAAAAAAAAAAUCAUCAAACACUAUCAACAGAGCGUGAAGAAGAUAUUUACAGAAGUCGGCAUGCAAAGCAGCGAGCCCGGGCCUCUCCUUUCUCAUAGAACCCCUCUGUGCUCGCAGUCCAGACUGCUAACUGCACUGCCAAGUAACUGCAGUUAGCAGCAGUCGACAGUUGCCCUGCUAACAUGCUGCCCCUUACAUGUUUGGAGUAUGAAUUCAAGAGAUGACCAAUUCUUACAUAUUACACCUUUUAACGAGAAAGUUUGGUGAGAGCUUUAUUACACUUUGCUUCCAUUGUCAGUUCAGUAGAAGUCACUGACUGUGUUUUAAAGCCACUAUGUGUUCAGUGUGAAAGCUUCAGCACCGCUGGGUUGUAGGAGACACUGAGAAUGAAUGUGCCGUAAGCUAAACAUGGAAUAUACGGGAUUUCACAGAGACUGUGUAAUGAGUCUGAAACUUCCAUAUUCUUCCAACUUACAAGAACAACUUGAAAGAUGACAAGAAACUGAUUUGAGUAGCUUUAAAAGAGUAAAUUUGUUUGGAUCAUGUGUUUUGUGGUGUGCUUGUCAGUUGCUAUGUUUUCUCCUCUUGUAGGCAGUAGGAACUGUUAAACUGGAGGGUUCAUGUCAGUUUAUUAGCAGAAAGAUAAUAUUAAUUCAUAUUUGUUUGACCACCAUACUAGAAAUGACCCCACAAGUGUGGAGUUAACAGUGUCCCAGUCCGCUGAUGUCACAUACACUUGUUCUGUUGUCUCAAAUUGGCACAAAUUUAAGAGAAAAAACCCUAAACCUAAACCCUUCUGAAGAUAAGAAACAUGAACCAGUUUAUCUGUGACACUGCCUCAGAGCCCUCUGAGUCCUCGUCCUUGGAGUCGACUCCCCUGCUGCUCCCAUCAGGGCAGGAUGUAAAUCCCUGGUUUGUGUUUCCAGGCACAGCUGACUCAGUGUCUCUCCAGACAGGCUCUUGAAGCAGUCAGGAUGAUUCUCUGACUGUUAGUAAUUUUUUUGUCUGCCUCAUCAUGACAUUCUGUGACUGAAGUAAGUGCUGGUUGUGGUGGUCUGUUUCAGUAAAGUCGUUUCAGUAAAGAUGCUCUGCACUCAUUUAUUUUCACAGUGGCAGCAAAUCAGUAAAAAGGAGAAUUGGAUCUCCAGGCUUUAUUGAAAGCAGCAUGGGUCUUAAAUCCUGUAAAUACUGUGACAAUGUGUCCGUUUGUUUAGUUUGUGAAAGUGUGAAUGUUGAACCAGCGUUUUGUCUGGCAGAAACCUACAGCAUGGCUAAAUCAGGGCCAAAUGUCCUUUUUUUUGUCUGCUUCAAUAAAAAGCUGAUGCUUGAAAACA